GCACUGGGGCGGGCCGCUCGCUCGCUCGCUCGGACAAGUGGCAGCGACGCCGCCGCCACCGCCGCGUCCGCACUGCCCCCCAACCCCAGCCCCAGCCCUGCGGGUCUGUUUAAAAUACUCCCACACAAACUAUUCAUUUUGUUGUCGGGAGACACACAACAACAACAAAAACAUUUAAAACGCUAAACCGACCCUUUUUUUUUUCCCCCCCCUCUCCUCCCUCAUCCUUACCAUUUCCACCCUUUCCAUUUUACAUCUUUAAAAAAAACCCCAACAACCCGAUCGGGGCGGGAGGUUGGUUGUUCACCGGAGAAGCGGCAGCAACGUCGACGGCUCUAAGAUGUCGCAGUUCGUGGAUAAUUUCUGGGGAGAGAAGAACAAUGGCUUUGAUGUUCUUUACCAUAAUAUGAAACAUGGUCAAAUAUCAACAAAGGAUUUGGCAGACUUCAUACGAGAGAGUGUCACAAUAGAAGAUACUUAUUCAAGGUCCAUGACCAAAUUAGCCAAAACAACAAGCAAUAACAGUCAGUUGGGAACAUUUGCACCAGUAUGGGAUGUUUUAAAAUUGUCAACGGAGAAACUAGCCAGUAGCCAUUUAGAUCUUGUACGAAAACUACAAGAAUUAAUUAAAGAAGUACAGAAAUAUGGAGAUGAACAGACCAAGGCACAUAAAAAGACAAAGGAAGAGGUGUCAAGCACUUUGGAUGCUGUACAGAAUAUUCAGAGUAUCACUCAAACAUUGCAAAAAUCUAAGGAAAAUUACAGUGCCAAAUGUUUUGAGUACGAAAAGUUAAAAAAGGAAGGAGCAACACAGAAAGAAAUAGAAAAGGCAAUUGUCAAAUCUAAAAAAGCUACAGAAACCUAUAAAUUAUAUGUGGAAAAAUAUGCAGUGGCCAGAACAGAUUUUGAACAAAAAUUGACAGAAACCUCAAGGAAAUUUCAGGAAAUUGAAGAAGCUCAUCUUAAGCACAUGAAAGAAAUAUUGAGUUGUUUCACACAAUCUAUAGAAGAAACUCAUAUACAGAUUGGUCAGGUACAUGAGGAGUUAGUGCAAAAUAUUGAGAAUACUACAGUUGAAAGUUUGAUACAGAGGUUUUCUGAAACAAAAGGCACUGGUAAAGACAGACCUGGUUCUGUUGAAUUUGAAGAAUGUAACGUAACCAAUGCUUUAGAAGUGGUGAAGAAGUCCAGAAGGAAAACUCUUGGAAUACCUGGACGAAAGAAAAGAGACAAAGAUACGGAUUCAGUGGAAUCUCCAGAUGCUGAUUCAGUUAAUAUACCAGAGGUGGACGAGGAAGGUUUCUGUAUCAAGCCAGAAGCGAAUCAAACUAAUGCCAAAGAAAAUAAUUUCUAUUCAUCAAGCGACUCGGGCUCUGAUGAUGACGAACCCAAAAAGUUCCACGUGCAAAUUAAGCCCAUGCAACCUAGUAAUGAUACUAACCACACAUUAGAAGAGUUGAAAGCUUCCAUCGGGAAUAUCACACUUUCUCCCUCCCCAUCCAGGCAUAGUCCGAUCGCAAUGAAGAGAAAUUCAUCGAGUGAAGAGCUGAUGCGAUCAAGAUCACACGUUCCAUCUGAGGCCAAAAGGGUCAACAGUGACUUGUUUUCAUUGGAUCCAUUGUUUGGACCCCCACUUGAUUCCUCGUCUUCAUCCACAUCAACAACUUCAUCAGCUUUCCCUUUCCUUCCAGUAAGUAACACUUCUGAAGUACACACGUUUUUAACUUCAGCUGAAUUAACAUGGCAUGAAGGGAGUUCAACUUUCUCGAGCCCUAAUUCACCAUGGGGUGUAGAAUAUGAGUCCUCAGUGAAGCACCAGUCAAGCUGUGAGUCUAAGAGUCCUAGUCCUGGUUCAGGUUUUAGUGUAGCAGCAAUUUUAGAGACCUUAAAUGGCCACACUGUCAUUCCUACUUCACGGACUCAGUGGAUUUCAUUUAAUGAUGAGCUAAAUUCAAGCAGACCUUUAAACUUAUUGAAGGAACCAACACAUAUUAAAGCUCCAUCAAACUCCAAUCCUCCUGUGGCCUCCUUUCAGUUGUCGUCUUCCAACAGCACUUUUGAUGACCAAAGUGACCUUCAGAAUGAUUUUACAGGCAACAAGAAACUACCUAUUGAAGAGAAUGACACUGGAAGUUUUCCCUCCUCUGCAUCUCAACCUGUGGAUGUUAGUUUAACGCCUGUGGUUGCACAUUUAAAUAAUGUAUCGCCGCCAGCAAGACCCACUACUCCACACAAUACAAGUAUGAUUGUGCCACCACCGCGUCCUACUUCCAGACCAAAGCUUUCAGCGACAAAAUUGGGUGGAAUUAAUGAAAUAUCCAGAUCAUUCAGUCCUACUUCUUUGUCCACGACCAGUCCACCACCUAUAGCCCCACUGGCACGUGCUGAAAGUACAUCCUCAAUUGGGUCCUCGGCUUCUCUAAGUACAACAACCACACCAACAGUUGUCUCAGAGCUUUUACGUAUGAAUUUUGCAGUUGGAGGUCACGUGUCUGAUGGUGAUGUGUUCACUGGGAAGCUUCCUUCAUUUGAGAAACGCAGUGAGACGCCUGCAGGUACUUCUCGUGGACCCAGUCCUAUAACUCUUGGGUCACAAGAUUCCUUACCAGUUGCAACUGCGUUUACUGAAUCAGUUAAUGCUUACUUCAAGGGAGCAGACCCAUCAAAGUGCAUAGUUAAAAUCACUGGGGAUAUGACCAUGUCCUUUCCAAGUGGCAUAAUUAAAGUUUUUACCAGCAAUCCAUCACCCGCUGUGCUAAGCUUCAGGAUACGGAACACCAGCAAAUUUGAGCAAAUUCUUCCAAAUGCACAGCUUGUGUAUAGUGAUCCAUCACAGUGCGACUCCAACACAAAGGACUUUUGGAUGAACAUGCAAACGCUCACUGCCUACCUCAAGAAACUGGCUGAACAGAAUCCAUCUUCUUCCUACUAUAAUGUGGAUAUCAUGAAAUAUCAGGUGUCCUCAAAUGGUAUUCAGUCAACACCACUAAACUUAGCUACCUACUGGAAGUGCAGUCUUACCACUACAGAUAUUCGAGUAGACUACAAGUAUAACCCUGAGGCAAUGGUAGCUCCCUCUGUACUAUCAAAUGUCCAGAUUUUGAUGCCAGUUGAUGGUGGAGUCACCUGCAUGCAGUCACUGCCUACUGCCACCUGGAAUCCAGAACAGAAGAAGGCCUUAUGGAAACUGCCUGAAAUUUCAGAGAAGUCAGAGAAUGGAGGUUCUGGGUCUCUCCGAGCCAAAUUUGACAUUUCUGAAGGUCCUACAAAACCAUCAACACUUGCAGUCCAAUUUGUCAGUGAAGGUUCCACACUGUCAGGAGCAGAUGUGGAACUUGUAGGCACGGGCUACAGACUUUCUUUGAUAAAGAAGAGAUUUGCUACAGGUCGGUACAUGGCAGACUGCUGACAUUUCCAUCAGUAAAUUUUGUCUCACUGAAGACAUGGCAUUUGUUUUGAUGGUACAUUUAUACUUGCCUUCAGUCACAAACUGCAAGGCACGCAUGAGAAAAAUGAUGGACAAAGAAUAUUUUCAAGAAUAUGAAAAAAAAUUAUAUUCUGCCUUCUGCCUUUUUUGGUAAUUGUUUUGAGGAAAUUCUUACUACACAAUUUUAAAUGCACUUUCUUUUAGAAAAAAACAUCAUAUUGGGGAGAAUAAGUUGUAUUUUUAUUAUGUUAAAUUAGCACUGAUGUGAUUUUCAACACUGUUUAAUUUUUUUGAAACCUGCAAUAUUCAGGAAAUUUUAAAUAAAUGUUUUUGAAGACAUGAUUUUAUUUAGACUUUAAUGAAGUCAAACCAGUGAUCAGUAGCUAUGCUGAAAAUGUAAAAAUGUAUAAUGUAUAUCAAACAGUUAUAAAUAUAUACAAUGGAAGAGCCAGCAUUAACCAUUUGCCUUCACUUUGCUUCUACACUAAGCUGAAAACUUUACAAAUUACAAAGUUGUGCUAAUUGUAAAAUUAGCUAAUGCAAAAAAAUCUGUUGGCAGAUCAUUAGCAGAUAUACAAGUUGUACUUGUGAACCUGAACAGGUUUACAACCUGUAUGAUUCUGUUGUUUCUUGUGCCAUACAAACAAAUAUUUUCUGAGGACGAUAUUGGUCAGCCUAAAUGGAUGAUAUUUUAUUAUUUUAAUUCUCACAAUUGGUAAGUGAGUUCACAAGUGCUUUUGAGAUACUAUUUCACACAAGUGAACAACCACCUUGGAACUAUUGUUGUAUGGUCACACUGUUCUUGAUAGCCUUUCAAUUAACUCUGGAACACUGCUGCAGACCAUUUAGUGAUUCAUGCAUAAUCUACCCUUUCAUUACAAAGUAAUGAAUACCGCUGGGUAAAUUAAAUGCAGUUACUUCUGUUUACAGUGUAAUUAAUGAUCAUAUUCCUGCACAGUGGAAUUAUCACUAAUCACUGUAAAAUUAAAAUGAUCUACCAUUCAUUGGAAUAAGUGCCAUCUCCUUCUGUGAACUUAAAACUGUUAGUAAACAUGCAAUAAAACAACUGUCUAAAGGGCAGAAAGAAUUGACAUAGUCGGACAAUUGGGAAUUUAGGUACUGGUCUACAGUUUCACAUGGUAGAUAUUUUUGGGUGCAGCAUUGGGCGUGGUAUUAUGUUUUUUGUUAAACUGGGAGUGCCUGGAAUUUGUCUUCUUCAAAUGUACUUGUAUUAUUUCAGAAUUUAAAUAAAUGGCAUCUAGAGUUUCACCAAGUCACCUGGUCAAGCAAAACUGGAAGUGUUUUUCUAUCUUGUAGUGUUUCAGGUCAGAUUAUUUUGCUUUAAAUAGAUAAAAUCCUUUAACUAUCCCAUUGCCAAAAAUUAACAGUUCACAUGCUAAUAUAGCAUAGAUAUAUUUUAUCAAGGCUAUCGUUAAAAAUAAAAUGUGCCUCUAUUGUGCCUGUUUGGUUUUCACAAUGAAAAAUUAUUAUCUAAAAACAUUUGUAUCUAUAAACAUUGCAAUCAUUUGUAUAUAAUUAUACUCAAAAUACUUAGAUUCUUUUAUAUUUGGAUUUAGAAGGGAAAUGGAUAUAACACAUCUACAUUCUUGGAUAAAUAAUCUUUUGAAUAUUUUAUUCCUUUUGCUAGGCAAUUUGUAAUAAAAUGCAGCCAUUGUAAUUGGAAACAUUUGUUUAAUAUUUUAUAAGAUACUCAUGUUCUUCGUCUGAUAAAUAAUGCAUCUACUGUUGAACAAGUGACUUGCCUUAGUGCCUCAUGUUGGCAAAGUCACGACAUUGUCACCAUGAGCAUGGUCAACUUCAAAACUCAACAUAAAAUCAGCAAUAUAUAGUAAAGAUAUUUAGUUUGCCUUUGUUUAAAUUGUUGGGCCAGAAUAUGGACUCUAUAGUACAUAAAAAUCACAGGUAUCAUUAUUUGUCUUUUUUUAGAGUAAUAAUGCUUCCUAAAAAGUUAUAUAAUUUCAUUUAUAAUUUUUUACAAAGUGCAGGGCUGGUGACGUACUGUGACACAUACCUAACAUUUCUUUAUAGAACUUUCUGUGUUAUUUUAAUGAUUUUUUUAAAACUGUGGCGGAGGUGCACUUGCUAAAUUUGAAUGUUGUUUGGCAGGAAUGUAUUUGUAAUAAUUUUUUAUGUUGUCUUGUUCAGAAAAUAUGUAUAAAUCUUUUAUGUAGCAGACGUUUUUAUAAUCUUGACAGCGUCACAUGUAAAAUCUGCAUGGAAUACUAAGAAUAAGAGAUUAACAGCUAUAUGGUUAACUGUUGCAUUAAUUUGAACUAACAUGUUUAUCUAGAGCAUUUUAAUAAUAGAGUGUGGGGGGGGGGAAAGGCUAACACUUUGUGAUUUAACAAAUCCAAUUCAAAAAUUACUGAUCAGUUAUGGAGUACGACAAAAAGUCAGCUAUUGUAAAAAUUACACUACACAACUCUCUGCCUGUAACUCUUCUAACAACUUAUUGACCUGGCAAUCUCAAAACAAACAGUCGAGAAAAGUUUCAGUUCCAAUUCUUACACAAUGCAUUGUUAAUCUGUCAAAGGAAGGGCAGCAUCUUUGAUUAAUGCAAUCGGGUUUGGAUCAAUUGAUUAGCAACGAACAAACUAGCCAAUUGCAGUCUAGAAGUGUACACAUGUUAUUUUUGGAUGAACAAGGGCUUGGGAUUUACUGUGAUGUCCUUUUGUUUGAAAAACUCACCCGCUCUGUCCAGGAUCAUAUAUUUAAGUAUGCUUACUUUAAUUAGAUGUCAGAAAACCAGCGGCAGCUAUUUCAAAUUACAAUCCAGCACAAAUUCCUGCCUUUUGCAGAGAAAGGGGAAAAUAUCAAACAAUAAAAGGGCCAAAAUGUGUAGGAAGGAACUGCAGAUGCUGGUAUAUAUCGAUGAUGGACACAAAGUGCUGGAGUAACUCAGCGGGGGAGGCAACAUCUCUGGAGAAAAAGAAUGGGUAAUGUUUCUCAGAAAGGUUUUAUUUUUGUGUGCAGUACCUUGCAAGUUACCAUAGAAAGGUUGAUUGAUGAGUUUUAGAUAACAGACUAGAGUUAAUAAAACAAUAAUGGAAUGUUAACCAGUAUUAAUGUCCAAACCACCCAAUAAUUUUACGUUAACAUAUUCAACACAAGUUCUAAGUCUCCAGAACUUGCUGUUCAAUAUUGUUAAUGCAUAGAGCAUUUUCUCCUUGUUACCUAUAAUUCCUAAGAAUUUACUGGAUUUUAAAUAAACUAACCACAGAAUAUAUCCCAGUGAGUUAAAUUUUAUUAUUAAUCGGUGAAAGUAUUGCCAACAAAAUAAUUGUUGAUGACCGUCAAUCAACCACUUUGAUCCGAAACAGAAAACGUGAGAUUAUGACUUUUUUCACCCCUUUUCAUUUCCUCUUGCUCAAAAUACAAUCUUGUUCUCUCUUUCCACUUCUCUUUCCAGAGCUCAAAUUUAAUUUAUUUCGUACACAAUCCUUUAAUCACAUCAAUGAAGUUAAUACAUUACCUUACAACUCAAGCCUUGUGCUGCCUGCCCUAUUUCUACAAGUUCAGAUCCAGUCAGUUUAUAAAUUCAAGUAUUUUCCAAGCAAAUGAAUGUUUCCAAAAGUAGAUCAAUUAUGAUUGUUUUUAUAGGUUUGAAAUAUUCCCAUGAAAGAUGCUUGUUUGUAAUUAUAAAUACAUACAUUUUUAAAAAUCUAAAAAAAAAUCAGCUUUCCAGCAACUGAGGAUAAAUCUAACUUGUGGUAUAGAAAUAAAGGAAGUAAGAAAGACUUGCAUCUAUAGAGUCACAGAUAAUGCCAGAAAUACUCAGCAGGUUAGGCAACACAGAGAAAAUCAAAAGUCACAUUUUCAGGUCAAUAAUCAUAAGUUCAUAAGUUGUAGGAAGGAACUGUAGAUACUGUAGAAAAUAGACACAAAAUGCUGGAGUAAUUCAGCGGGACAUGCAAAAUCUCUGGAAAGAAGGAAUGGGUGACGUUUUGGGUCAACACCCUUCUUCAGACUGAGCUCAUAAGUGAUGGGAGCAGAAUUGGGCCAUUUGGCCCAUCGAGUCUACUCCGCCAUUCAAUCAGGGUUGAUCUACUUUUCCUCCUCACCCCCAUUCUCCUGCCUUCUCUCCUUGAGGACAGUCCCACAAACAUAUUUUUUGUUAAAAAAUAGAUAUUCAAUUUCAGUAAAUGAAAAUUAAAAACUGCAAAAAUGCUGCAAAUAAAACCAAAAAUGCUGGAAAUGAAACAGAAAAUGCUAGAAGCAAUGAGCCAUCAGGCAGCAUUUGUGGGAAGAGAAUCAGAAUUAAUCGUGAGUUUGAAGACCCAUUGUUAAAACUGCUGAACAUUUCUGGCAUUUUCUGUUUUAAUUUAUAAUCUACUCCAGUGAUUAUGGUUGAAGAUAUAGAUUAGUACAACAACUUUAGAAUUUCAGUGCUCUUCUAACCCAGUGGCAAUCUUACUCCUACUCAGCCACAGUUGGUCUAAUUCAUAUUCUGUUUUGGAGGUAACCAGCCAAAGUCGUGCUUGGUCAGUGCAGUGGAUUUUAUGGAGUAGCUGGACAAGGAGAACAUAAAUGCUCAGUGGAACUGUCAAAAUUCUUGCUUCUGACUGAGGUUUUUUUCAACACAGAAUCUUAAUGCGUUGAUGAUGGGUGCAGACGAUUCUAGCUUUCGUUGAAGGGCAUAACUUACCUUCACUUAGAGUCUAUUGCCUAACUUAUUUGCAAAGAAUACGUGGUCUAAAGAACGAUUGUGAUACUCACAUCAAAGUUUGUUUUGCUUGUAGGCAAGUUUGAGUUGUUUAAUUUACUACAAUCGACUACCCAGCGAGUAGAUAAUUUCUGGAAUUCUCUAACAAAGAGGGUUGUUGAAGCUCAUUGCUCAAUGUUUUCACAACUAAAAUCAAUACAUUUGUAGAUAAAUGUUGAGGGAAUCAAGUGAUUAUGGGGUUGAUACAGGAAAGUGAUGACCUAAUUGAAAGGCAGAGUUGAGCACAAGAGUCUAAAUUGCCUCCACUUGCUCUGAUUUCUUGUGUGAUCUUUGCUGUAUGAUUAGGUCAAGAAUGGGUAAUGGUAGAAAAAAAUAGGUUUGUGCCGAUGCUUAUUUCAUGAAGUAAGAUCAUCUACUAAACAUCCUGCCUGAUACAGAUCUGAUAUAUUAUCCACUCAUCACAGAUAAUUGAAUCACGUGUAAAUGUGAAUAUUUAUUUGAAAUAUGUUCAGAAUAAUAUUUGCCCCAUUCCCUUCAAUAGUACAUUGUUAAAAAGGCUAUUGCAGAAAUAAAUGGUAUGCAUUCAGAAGCAUGUUAGAAUUAAAAUUAGAUGAUUACAUGGUACACAUUUGGGAACAACUUGCUGGCUAACAUACAAAUGCUCAAUAAUGUAAAGAUGGAAGUUAUUUCAUCCGAUAGUAAGAAAAAGAAUAUGGAGCAGAAUUAUUUCUUUUUUGACCUAACGCUGGGUCAUUUUAAUCUAAAAUGACUCGGCAUAAGAUAUGAUUAGGUCUUUGGUGCCUGGUUCACAUCCAUUCAAGCAUGUUGCUUAAUACACAUAGAAGUCAUUGGGAGACACAAGAGACUGCAGAGGCUGGGAUCUGGAGUAACAAACAAUCUGCCGGAGGAAUUAAUUCAGCAGGUCGAGCAGAAUCUGUUGGGGGAAAGGAAUUAUCCAUGUUUCAACUUGAAAUCGUACAUCAGGACUUGUAUACCUCCAGUAGAUUAUUUGUUGCUUCAGAAGCCACUGGAAUUGCACAGUGACCUCAAAUAUCUCACCCGACAUGUUUUAGAUCAUUUUUGCAAAAUAUAUUUGCAAAUCUGAUACAAAUGGCAGGAGCCAUUCAUUCAUAGGCAGGUGUUAACUGGUGAACUUGAACUGGUUUCUGCUAAAUAUUCUAAGCUUUAACUAGUCUGACCAAGCAGUUUGUCCAGUAUGGCCAUGAAGAGUGUUAUAUGUUUGCUCACAAACCAUCUGACCAACCGAAUACAUGUAAUCUCUGAUUACAUGACCAACUACCACAUCCCAAAUCACCACCUGCUAUUCACCUGCUAUCUUUUCUAAGCCCAGCCUCAGUUAUCCAUCAUAUCUGACCCUUUCCAUCCUCCCAUGCUUCGCAGGUUACCUGGUCUGCUUCACAGCAAUAAGCAGGUGAGAAAUGUACUUGCAUUGGCCUUACGCACAAAAAACAUUAGCAUUGAUUUAACUGGGCACAAUGGGCCAGCCUCUAUUGUUCUUUCUGUUCAAUUCUAUUGAUUAAAGAUAAAACCAGCUGUGAAGGCAAUUGAUAAAAGGAACCUGAAUUUUCAGUUUUGCCAAUGAUAUGUAAACAUUUAUAAUUGGAAUUCUUGUCCAUUCCUCAAUGCGCAGUUUUAUUAAACCAUCUAUGCACAUUAAUUAUAUGAAUACAAGUCAGACAUAACUAAUAAGCUGAAUGAACGUACUGUAAGUGGAGUUAUAUGUAGGCAUUGGAGAUCAGUAAUGCUAUUUAAAAGCUAUUUGAAUGAAACGACAAUAAAUGUAUCCGAUACCUAUAAUCUCUUGUUUUUCAUAUUUAGCAAGCUGGUUCUUGCUUCCUUACGCAGUGGUAGCCUUUUUAAGCUCCCUUUUGCUCAUUUUAACAAGUUUGUGAACUCUUCUAAGAAUUGAGUUUUAAUAAAAAUACAAAUUAUUUCUGAUUUUCAUAAUGCAAAGUCUAUGAAUGUAUCUUGUUUCUUUUAAAUCUUCUAAUAAAUGCAUAAUAUAUAUACA